AUGGCGUCUCUAAUGGCGAUUCGCAGAGGCACUCUCACUUCUUCAUUCAAGGUAACUUGUAUACGCUCUUCUCAUUCCAUUUUCAUCCGCAACUCCCUCAAAACCCUCUCUACAUCGACCGCCCCAAACAGCUUCGAUUCACCCCCGAAUGAUCAAAUAAACACUAAUCCAUGGAACCUACAACACAAUCAUCAACAAGGGAACCUCAAUCAAUGGGAUAAUGGGAAUCAGAGGUAUCCGAAUCAACCAAAUCCUGCGCAGCAGAACUUCUAUCCGGAGAACCCUAAUCAGCGUCAGAAUUAUCCUCCAAAUGUCGGGCAGAAAAAUUAUCACCAGGAGUACCCUAAUCAGCGCCAGAAUUACCCACCGGUUGCGGGGCAGCAAAAUUUUAACCAGGAGAACCCUUAUCAACGUCAAAAUUAUCCCUCAAAUGAUGGGAGACAAAGCUUUUACCAGACGAACACCAAUCAACGUCAGAAUUAUCCUCCACAGCCCCCAAUUCAGAGUCAGAAUUAUCCUCCACAACCCCCAAUUCAGAGACAGAAUUUCCAACAACAUCAACCGUCUAAUUACUCGCCCCAAAAGCCUAAUCCUAGCGAAACCCAUAUACCACGAAGCCCUAUUGCUAAGAAUAAUGAUCAAGUACAGAGAGCUAGUAGUCAUGCUUCCGGUGCGAAAGUUGAUUUGUUAAAGAUAUGCAGAGAGGGAAAGCUUAAGGAAGCCAUUGAACUAAUGGACGAGGGUCAACUUGCAGAUGCUGAGUGCUUUAAUGCUCUAUUUGCGUUAUGUGGGAAAUUCAACAAGCUUGAGGAUGCUAAAAAAGUCCAUGAUUACUUCUUGAGAUCGAGUUACAGAGGUGAAAUCCAAUUGACUCACAAAGUAAUCGACAUGUACAGCAAGUGUGGAAGCAUGGUGGAUGCACGCCGAGUGUUUGAUCAUAUGUCUGACAAAACCAUGGACACUUGGCAUCUGAUCAUAAACGGGUACGCCUCAAAUGGAUUAGGAGAUGAUGGAUUAGAAAUGUUUGAACAGAUGAGAAACCAUGGAUUACAACCAAACGAAGAAACCUUCCUUGCUGUUCUUGAAUCUUGUGCAGGUGCUGAAGCCAUUGAAGAAGGAUUCAUACACUUUGAAUCAAUGCAAAAAGAAUACGGAAUUUCCCCCAAAAUCGAACAUUAUUUAGGGGUUUUAGCCAUUUUUGGGAAAUCUGGACACCUUGAUCAAGCUUUGGAUUACAUCCAGACAUUACCAUUUGAACCCACAUCAGAAAUCUGGGAAGCUGUAAUGAACUAUGCUCGAAUCCAUGGAGAUAUUGAUCUUGAAGACAGAGCUGAAGAGAUAUUAAUCAAUCUUGAUCCAUCAAAGAUUGACCCCAAAAAGAUUCCAACACCACUUCCGAAGAAAUUUUCUGCCAUUAACAUGCUUGAAGGUAAGAACAGGGUGGGUGAGUUUAGAAACCCUAGUUUAUACAAAGAUGAAGAAAAGUUUAGGGCUGCAAAUAAAGAACAGAGUUAUGUUCCAGAUACCAGGUAUGUUCUUCAUGAUAUUGAUCAAGAAGCUAAAGAACAGGCUUUACUUUAUCAUAGUGAAAGAUUGGCAAUUGCUUAUGGAUUAAUUUCUACUCCUGCAAGAACACCUCUAAGGAUUAUAAAGAAUCUUCGUGUUUGUGGUGAUUGUCAUAAUGCUAUCAAGAUUAUGUCGAGGAUUGUGGGGAGGGAAUUGAUUGUUAGAGAUAAUAAAAGGUUUCAUCAUUUUAAAGAAGGGAAGUGUUCUUGUGGGGAUUAUUGGUAG